AUGACUCUACCAAGAAGAGUCUUUCUCCGCGAUGAAGAACUGGGUAAAAAGUACGACGACGAACCCUCUCGAAGGUCUGCAAAGUCCAACCCAUUGAAGUCGUCGCUACCGUCAUCAUGGAAACCCCCCCGAAAAAGACGUAUGCUCCUCGCCUUCGUUGGAAUUUGCAUCCUAUACCUAUUCUUCAAAAACAGAUCUACCGAUUUAACGUCUGCCUCUAAGCGAUUUAACCACCUCUGUCCAAACCCACGGUUUGCCGCCGGACAACAGCCGGUUUCAGAUGACAACACCAUUCCAUCUGACACGCUUCGCCGUCUGUCUGAAGGCCAGUCUCCCGAUACGAGCUCGUAUGAGGACGUUGAUGGUUCAUACAAUUACAACGGUCCGAUAAAGUUUUAUUCCCUUUUCAGAACCCUAAAUUCAGAGUAUGGCUACGCCAAGUUUCGUCGAUCUAGUAAAGGAGUGCUCUUCGCCGCGGCAGAUUUGAAAGCACUGUCCGACCUUGUGCCCUUGGCUUGCGAAAUGGCUAGGCAGAACUACAAUAUUGUCCAUUUUGCGGUGAUGGGGAGGAACAAUGUAUCGAUAGAGGGAAUACAGAUGGUUAAUGGAGUGGAUAAAGAAGGGUGUCCCGUUUUCUGGCAUGAUGCACGUCCGGAUUAUGCCUCACGGUCUACUGAUGCGCGGAUGGAAGCAAGUGUCAAAGCUGGAUUGUGGCAUUUUCACAACAGUCUGCGCCCCCGGGCUACAAUUACACACGGCGAGAGCCAUGAGGAGCGUUUCUUUUGGACAGCGGCAAAAGCCCAAGCAGGCCAGAUAGGCAUGCAUCACAUCAACCUUCCAGCUCGGGCGGCCAACUUCAUGUGGAUGUCAAAGCUUGACUCCAGUUCGCUUGGAGCUUGGAAUAAGGUUAAUAUGGAAAUCCUUGUGCAUGCUCUUCCAGCGUCCUCAGGCUCAUUGAUUCGAUUGCUCGAGUCGCUGCACGAGGCAGACUAUUUUGGUGAUGCCCCUGGAUUAACGAUCGGGUUGCCACCUAAUGCUGAUCCUCAUUUACUCUAUUACCUGUCAUCAUUCAAAUGGCCACCUAAGAGUGAACAUUGCCACUUUACUCUUCGACGUCGAAUACAGCUACAAAUAAUGACCCCCGAAGAAGCAGCCAUUCGUACAAUAGAUUCAAUCUAUCCCAAAAACCCCGUACACUCUCAUGUUCUCGUCCUCUCCCCGCAAACAGAUCUGGCACCAUCCUAUUACCAUUUCCUCAAAUAUGCCAUUCUAAAAUUUAAAUAUUCCAUCAUUACCAGGCCAGCUUCGCACCGUCUUCUAGGAAUCUCUCUCGAACUCCCAUCUGCAGCACCGACGGCCGAUUACGAACCUUUCACUCCACCAACUCCAUCAGAGCCCACCGACUCUCUUCAAGAUGUCGAAAAGGACAUUCCUGUAUUCCUCUGGCAGGCCCCAAAUAGCAAUGCAGCCUUGUACUUUGGUGACAAAUGGGUUGAAUUUCAUUCCUUCCUUACCAACCGCCUUCAAUCUCAGUCUCUCAAAUCAAAAUUUUCGGCCAAUCUCAUUUCGGAAAAGUUGCCAUCGUGGAUGGAAUAUAUGCUCGAGUUAAUCCGGGCUCGUGGUUAUUAUCUUCUAUACCCUUCUUUCCCUGCAUCAACCGACUUCGUCCUAGCAACAACUCACAGUGAACUCUAUCACCAACCGGAAGAGUACCAUAACCGCGAAGUUCAAAAGACAUCCCAAUCCGAAACUGGACCCGAAACCGAAACCUAUCUAGGAGAUGAGAAGAUCGAUAGCCCCAAAAAGACUCUCACAGACUCAACGCCAGAGAAAUCACGAGAGCAGAUACCUAAUAUAGGGGCCAAGGAAAGGGUAUUAGCAGGGUCUUCGACCAUCUCAAAUCUACUUAGUUUAUUCCCCGGUGGCCUACCGGAGCUAUCUUCCUUGGGUAUCUUGCCAUAUUCCCAGAGAGAUGGCCCGUCGCUUAACAUCCUUGACAGGACGAAGGCAUAUAUGAAAGAAUUCCGGAAGAACAUUGGCGGGUGCGAUGCUGCUGCUGACGACGACGACGACGACGCUGAGCAACGAGUGGAUACAUAUAUCAGAGCGGAUGAUUUGUUCUGUUUGGGCGAGGAUGACUAG